AGGAGCACGUAAAACACGUACACAGUCUCGCUACACUGUAGGGCAUUGUUCUUCUGACUGUCUACCAAACAAGUAACACUAACAGCGUUUCGUCGGUGACGGUUAGAAAUUCAGAGCUUGUGGAAGGACUGAAGAAGCGAGCAGCCAUGUCUCAUGACCAGAUGUACGUGAUAAAGAACCGCGGGUCGGGCCGUGUGCUGGACGUGGAGCGGGGGGGUCAAGUCAUCAACUCUCCCGUCCUGCUGUUCGACAAGCAUGCGCAGGACAACCAGAAAUGGAGCCACAACAAGUACAACCAGAUCUGCACUGCCCUGAAGCCAGGUGGAGAGGACGUCGCUAUCCACAUCCAUGACCGUUCUACCGGCCAGGUCAUCAUGUCUGUCUGCGAGAAGGAUCCUACCAAGGCUAAAGACCAGAUGUGGCUCCGCAAUGCUGACGGCACCAUCGCCUGUUACGAUGAUCCUCAGUACGUGCUCAGCGCAGGCGCGGGAAACCAGGGCGACCAUCUGAAGGUGGAACAGAAGGGAAACCCUCCCCCGGCCAGCCAGCUCUGGGACUGGGAGGCCAUGUAGAGUGCGCAUGCGCCAUGACCGCCAUCUUGGUUCUGCCUUUCCCCAAACAUUCGAAUUCGAACUAGCAUGCGUGUGACUGUAUAUAUUGAUCAGU